GACAGGGAGACAGGCACACUCGGGAGAGGAGCGAGGCAAUGUCAGCGAGACUCAUCCUCGCCAGAUCGCGGGGCUAUUUCGGCCUCGGGGUAUCUCACAGGGAGCUAGCAUGUCCACCUUCCCGAUUCCAAUGCCUCUCCACCCGGCCAACCGUUCCUCGAAUCGCUGAGCCAUCAAUAUGGCGAGCCGUCAUUCCAAAAUUUCUUCGUCGCGAUUGGCCUGCGUCACAACGGAACUCUCCGAAGAAGGAAUGGAAUCCUGCAACUUACUUCAUUGUGAUGUUCAUUCUUGUGGGAUCGCAGGCCCUUCGAAUGGUUCAAAUUAAAAACGACCAUGCGAAUUACAUUCGGAGCACGGAAGCAAGAAUACGAGUGCUAAGGGAGGUGAUUGAGAAGCUACAAAAAGGAGAGGAUGUUGAUGUCAGGAGAAUUCUCGGGACCGGAGACGAGGCUGCUGAGAGGGAAUGGGAAGAAGUUCUGCGGGAAAUCGCACAGGAGGACGAACCCCGACAAUCUGGCUCCAGAAAGGAUGAGCCUCAAGCUCCAACGAAAAACAAGUCUCUCAGGGAUGAUAAUUCGAUGAGCUCUACGCCUUCGACAAAAACUACGUCUGAAACAGGUGAACCUCAAUCAAGCAAACGUGCAGCCAGGUUCUUCUAGGGGGGGGAAGGCGAUGUCUCUAUGAUGCCAGAGCCUAAGUCAACCCCGAUGAGCAGCAAAUAUAUCAGUCAACAAGAUGCAGCCCUCAUGGAAUCACCUUCGCCUUUCUCAUCAGCUCCAGGGCACGGAUCCAACUCUCCUCUAGUCUCUCGUCUUCCGCAAAUCCAGUUGCUUUCAGCUUCUGAAGGUUGAGUUGUCGGUCAAAACUUAGCUUGGUCAACCCCCAAUUCGGCGAGCCAUCCAUCGUUGGAGAAACUGCCCGCCAGUGCUUUAGACCGUACUCGUCCAACAUCCUCUUAUAUUCGUUCUCGUGCACACGGAUAUAUUCAUCCGGCCCUGAUAAUCUGGUCUUGUCCUUGUCGCCGUCAACGGGUGGCUUUCCCACAAGGCCAAACCAGGAACAAAUGGCUGGCCAAGUUGCUUCCCAAUUAGAGGGAGUAGCUGACGAAGCAACAUUAUAUCCUUGCCCAUUGACAGACGGAUCAUCCAAUAACGACAGGUGUAUCGCUGCUUUCGCAAUCAUCUCAGCUCCUGCUUGGUUAGACAACGCUUUCCAUGUGCCGAAGCUACCAGGAAACGGGCAUUCUGCUCUUUCUCCGUUUAUAUAUGCAAAUAGUGAGAGAUAGACGGCGAUGGGGUGAGCGGCGUUAUAAGAAUUCAUUCGAGGAACGAAGCCUGCGAGAUAUCAGGAAACAGUCUCUCAUUAAGGCUGAGGCAUACCAGACCAAUUAUUUCGUCAGGCCUUGUCUCACACCAUCCCCAGCUCUUGCCUUUCGAGAAAUCCCUCAUGAAGUCUGUCCAGACUUG